CAUGCGGAAUACGUACAAGGCACAUUUCAGCCAUUAACCGUGAUUAUGAGCGACAAACGGAUAAGUGAGGAAAAAGAAUUUCUUGAAGCUUUAUGUCAACGUAAAGGAGAUACUAUCUUUCAAAGUACCCCUAUCAAGAGGCGUCGAGGUGGGGACCAUUGCGCUGCGGCUGGAAUAAAUGACAACGGUGAGUGUAUCAAAUGGUAAGCGUAAUUGCAAAACGCCACUACCGUAAAGAGCAUGUAGACACCCUUCGCUCGGAGACGAGGACAACACGCAAGAUAUUCCCCAACCGUUAAUGCCAGCAGAUGAGCUUACUAUUUAUGAUUGCAGAAUCCCCGGCCCAGCAAACGCCCUACUUAAAAAGCUGCCACCGCGGUCCGCAGUCCAGUAGUCGAUGAAUGAAAAGUGUUAAAAUGAACUGCCAUCGCGGUCCGCAGUCCCAUAGUCGAUGAAUGGAAAUUGUUAAAGGGAAAGCAUUAAAAUGAACUGUACUUUAGUAUUUGAAUAUUAUAGUAUUUGAGUAUUGGGGUAUUUUAGUAUUUGAGUAAUUUAUUAAUUUAGUAUUUUAGUUAUUAGGGUAUUUAGUUUAACAUGGCCAUAAGGGAGAAUACAGUUUUUCUACUGUAAUUAUGCACCCUAUAAAUAAGGUGUUCUAAAGUGUUCUAACUGCCACCGCGGUCCGCAGUCCCGUAGUCGAUGAAUGAAAACUGUUGAAAGGGCAAGCAAAAAUGAACUGCCACCGCGGUCCGCAGUCCCGUGGUCGAUGACUGGAUAUUUGAUAACUCCGAAGAGUAAAAUGGUUGUGACCGGGGUCCGAAGUCACGUAGUAGUUAAAUAAUAAUUGAAAAUAACGGCCAGUUUUUUAAGUGGCGUUUUUAGGAUUUGUGGAUUAAAGAAGGAGGUGUAUGACACGUUGAGUGUCCUUAACUGAACCACAAAAUGAAAGCUAAAAUUUUACGAGAAUGCCUAGGCCUAAUCACUGAAGCGAGCGCUUAGGCUUAAUGAGUAGACGAGUGCUUUCUUCUUCAGACGAUCUCAUGAAAAGUGUAGUUAACCGAACCGCGAAAUGAAAGCUUAGCAGUGAUUGCAGAAUACCCCGUUUAGGAACAGAAUUGUUUAUAUGUAUCAUUUUCUGUCCCAUGCCACUGCGUCGUAAGAAUUUUAGCUUUCAUUCUGUGGUUCAGUUAACGACACUUUCCACGAGUUCGUGUGAAGAAGAAAGCACUCGUUUACUGAUUAAGCCUAAGCGCUCGCUUCAGUGAUUAGGCUUAAGCAUUCUCGUAAAAUUUUAGCUUUCAUUUUGUGGUUCAGUUAAGGACACUCAACAUGUCAUACACCUCUAUUAUUAAAAGAACGAGGGGCAUCUGUUACCUUCUUAAUUAAUUGUAAACUGCGUGACAGCAAUAAAUUAGUCUUGAAAAGCCCCGAGGGGAGAGACUAAUAAUUUCACUUCACUUCACUUCAAGACUGCGAGAAUGCGGUAGCAGUUUUUUAAGUAAGACAUUUGGUGUACCGGGUAUUUUGCAAUCUAGCCCUAUUUAGUUCAGGCAACCCGCGGACUGGAACGUUAAUGCCAGCUUGUAUUCCGACAAUCAAGAAGAAAACCGUGGUGCAUGCAUGUUUUUAAUUUUGAAUGGACUUUAUGGACUAACCAGUCAUGAUGAUGAUGCACCAACAAAUUCCCCGCCCUCUUAAAAACCUUCUAUAAUUCAACUUAAGAUGGCUCUUUUAAGGAUAAACGAUAAACGUCGUUCUCAGGAAGAGAAGAUUGAAAUAUUGCUCCAGGCAGCUACAGGUAAUUACUGCGCGCUCCUGGGGAAAGUCAUAAUCAUCGCGCCACGUGAACAAAAGUUAACGGACAUAACCUGCGAUCUGGGGCCGGUUGCUCGAAGCCUGGUUAGCGCUAACCGUUGGUUAAGAGGUAUCAAAAUGUAUAGGUUUCCAUGCUAUUUAGCGCUGGUUAGCACUAACCAUGCUUCGAGCAACCCGGGCCAGGCGUACUUUUCUUUAGAGAGGGCGGAAAUGUACGCCUGAUACAAUUUUCUUGACGAGUCAUCUGCCUGCAGUCCAGUUCAGCUGAUCCAAUUAUGUCUGCCGAGAAGGAUUCGAAGAGGAGUGAUGUUUAGGCUCUGUUUACAGCUGCUGUUGCUUCGACUUCAGAUUUUUUUCAAAAAGUCUUUUAAAGGAACGGCAGAGAGAAUGCAUCCAAAGAAUGGUUUGUCUAAAAGAAGACAUUAUAGUUGUAACUUCCAUCGGAAUUUGGCAAUACCCGAACAUUAUAGAAAAAAUGUAUCGUACCACUUCCAUCGACUCGGAAACGUUUGUGAUAUGGUGAGUCCUUUGGAAUGUAUUCGGAAGGAUUCGGAAGCAACAAGUUGUGAAUCAAAUCAUAAAAUGCGCCAGAAACUUGUGUCAAGUUUUGUGCCUAUGCAUGUUGUGAUAUUUUCAUGUGUAAUAUAUUUCAUUUUCAUUGAAGACUUUUGCUGUUGUGUUAGGAGUUGAUGUCCCAAUAUUAUCAUUAUACCUAAUGCAAAUUUGUAAGCGCAUCUGUUUUCUAAGUGCAAAUUUCCCUCUUAUAAUAAGCACCUACAGUAAAAGAAGGCCUUUGAAAAAUGCAAGUGUUGUAAUCAUGACAGCUGAAGUAAAAGCAAGGAACUAGAGUAUUUGUAGAUCAACACUGACUAUUAUCUUUGUAAUGGAAACUGUCUCAGUGGUCACCAAGUUGUAAAAUUUAGUUGUCUUAACUUUUUCCCUACUUGUGUGCAUUUUUUGCAAUCCCUUAGAUCAAGUUAAACUUCCUUCCUGUGGGGGCACACCCAUGAAGAGAUUGAUGCUUUUUUUUGGGGUAUAUUCGAAGCACCUGGAUCUAAAUGAUGUUUACACAAUGGAUGGUAGGUGUACAUAUCUCUUGUAAUACAGUAACCUUCAUUUUUCCAAGUUUGGCAAAACAGGUUCUUAUAUUUGGGGAAAGUUAUUGGCAAAAUUUAGGCUAAAGUAGGUUCUUAAUUAGGUUCUUAAGUUUUUAGUAGGAACCAUUCAUGUACAAGCAGAAAAAGUAGGUUUGGUCCUUUAUGAUACAGCAUUUAUUUAUAACUGUCUUGUCAUGAGCCGUGUGCAAGACUGACUAAAUAAUUAUAAUUAUACACUAUAAACCGUACGCGUACUUCCCAUGAAGUAUUCCUAUUUCUCAAAAUCAGUUAUACUUCAUAGUGAAAAAUGCUUAUGAAAAUAUUCCAUAAGUCACGUAUAAGAACCUAAUAAAUUUUGCUUGGCUAAACAGGUUCUUAUAUUUUUGGGUAUAAAAUGGGAAAUUUCUGCCAGCAGGUUCUUAAACCGCUAGGUUCUUACACGCAUGUUUGAACUAAACAAAGGGGUGCCUGGAUUGAAGCAUCAAGUAAUUUCAGAUAAACUGCUGGAUUCAUCUUUCAGUUACCUUUGUGUAUGCUCGUAAAUAAAGGGAUAAUUUCAUAUGAGAUCAUAAGUCACUUGGGACAUAAUACCAAUAACCCAUUCACAUGAAAUAAGAGAUAGAUUGUUGCAAUUAUAAUUAUUUAUUAAUAUUAAUACUAUUUACUGAGAUAACAUUUGCAAUUUUCUUUUCUUCUCUCCCAUAGAAAUGCAAGAGGCAAUGAAAAAUUGCAUACAGAAUGUCAAAGUCCUUCCUUUUCUGUUGGAUGCUGUGUACAACAUAAAAGAGUGGCUGGCACCUCAUGCAGAGCAACUGCAUGACCAUACUCAGCCAAAGUGCUUCAAAUUUGUCAGAAAUGCUGCUGGGAAGUGCCAAAUGUUUUAUCGAAACUACUCGCACAUGCCAUGGGAAGGUCCUGUGAUUAUUUUGAAGGUGCAGUUACAACCUUUUAUCAUUUGUCUGCAUCUUACAGAUCAUAAUACUAAAGUGAUCUUUUAAUUAAUGCAUUGCACUGUUAAUUGUUCAUCGUAAAACCUUUGUUCUUACACUAGAGUCAUCCAGGUGGCAAACCAAGUCUUGUGAGACCUGUGUUAGACAGAAUUGAUGUUGAAGGUUUGAAGCGUGACCUUAACAAGUUCAGAGAUCACUACCCUGAACAGGCGUUCUCAUUUUGGAGUGAGUGGGUGAAUAACGUAGACAAUUUGGCUGCUGUGCCAGAGGCAUGGGAGUGGCCUUUGAAUGCUAUUCUGAUCGCAGAGAAAAUAAAGCCAUAUACGGUUGAUCAAUCUGUCCCUGAACACCUGCAAGCUCUACAGGACAAGGAAUGUCGGCCAACAAAACAGGCAAGUUGA